AUGGGGGGCGGCGGCGAGCGCUGGGCGCUGUGCCUGUGGCUGCUGUGGCUGUGGGCGCCCGCGCGGUGCGGCGCUGCCAUGGACGAGUGCGCGGAGGAGCGGAGCGGGCGGGCGCAGCGCUGCAUGCCCGAGUUCGUGAACGCGGCGUUCAACGCCACGGUGCUGGCCACGCACACGUGCGGGACGCCGGCCGAGGAGUACUGCGUGCAGACCGGGGUCACCGGCGUCACCCAGUCCUGCCACCUCUGCGACGCCGCCCAGCCGCACCUGAGCCAUGGCGCCGCCUUCCUCACCGACUACAACAGCCCGGCCGACGCGACCUGGUGGCAGAGCCGCACCAUGCUGGCCGGCGUGCAGCACCCCACCGCCGUCAACCUCACCCUGCACCUCGGAAAAGCCUUUGACAUCACGUACGUGCGCCUCAAGUUCCACACCAGCCGUCCCGAGAGCUUUGCCAUCUACAAGCGCACGAGGGAGGACGGCCCCUGGGUGCCCUACCAGUACUACAGCGGCUCCUGCGAGAGCACCUACCGCAAAGUCAACCGCGGCUUCAUCCGCACCGGCGAGGACGAGCAGCAGGCGCUCUGCACCGACGAGUUCAGCGACAUCUCCCCCCUCACCGGGGGCAACGUGGCCUUCUCCACGCUGGAGGGGCGCCCCAGUGCCUACAACUUUGACAACAGCCCUGUGCUGCAGGAAUGGGUGACAGCUACAGAUAUUAGAGUGACCCUCAACCGUCUGAACACAUUUGGAGAUGAAGUUUUCAAUGACCCAAAAGUUCUCAAGUCUUACUACUAUGCAAUUUCUGAUUUUGCUGUGGGUGGUAGGUGCAAGUGCAACGGGCAUGCCAGUGAGUGUGUAAAGAAUGAGCUUGGCAAGCUGGUCUGCAACUGCAAGCACAACACCUUUGGGGUGGACUGUGAGAAGUGCCUUCCUUUCUUCAACGACCGCCCGUGGAGGAGAGCGACGGCCGAGAGCGCCAACGAGUGCCUGCCGUGCGAGUGCAGCGGGCGCUCCCAGGAGUGCUACUUCGACCCCGAGCUGUACCGCGCCACGGGCCACGGCGGGCACUGCACCAACUGCGCCGGCAACACCGACGGGCCCCGCUGCGAGCGCUGCCGCCACGGCUUCUACCGCCUGGCCAGUGAGCAGGGCUGCCUGCCCUGCAGCUGCAACCCCGUCGGCUCCCUCAGCACACAGUGUGACAGCUAUGGCCAGUGCAGCUGCAAGCCCGGAGUGAUGGGGGACAAGUGUGACCGGUGCCAGCCAGGGUUCCACUCUCUCUCCGAAGCUGGCUGCAGGCCCUGUUCUUGCAAUGCUGCUGGCAGCACAGGGGAGUGCAAUGUUGAGACAGGGCGGUGUGCGUGCAAGGACAAUGUGGAAGGGUUCCACUGUGAGAGAUGCAAACCUGGAUUUUUCCAUCUGGAGUCCUCCAAUCCAAGAGGCUGUACCCCCUGCUUCUGUUUUGGACACUCUUCAGUCUGCACCAGUGCUGUGGGCUACAGUAUCUAUAGCAUCACCUCCAACUUCGAGUUUGGAGAGGAUGAGUGGCGUGCUGAGCAGCGAGAUGGCUCAGAGGUCCUGCUGCAGUGGAGUGCUGAGACGCAGGAUAUCUCCGUUAUCUCUGACACCUACUUCCCCAUGUACUUCGUUGCACCACGCAAGUUCUUGGGCAACCAGGUUUUGAGUUAUGGGCAAAACCUGACCUUCUCCUUCCGUGUGGACAGGCGGGACACGCGCCUCUCUGCAGAGGACCUGGUGCUGGAAGGGGCUGGGCUGAGAGUGUCUGUGCCUCUCAUUGCCCAGGGCAACUCCUACCCCAGUGAGAAUGUGCAGACCUACACCUUCAGGCUCCAUGAGGCUGCAGAUUACCCAUGGAGGCCUGCUCUUACAGCAUUUGAAUUCCAAAAGCUUCUCCACAACUUGACUUCCAUCAAGAUCCGUGGGACGUACAGUGAGAGAAGUGCCGGUCACCUGGAUGAUGUCACCAUCACAAGUGCUCGCCCUGGACCCGGUGUGCCUGUGGCCUGGGUGGAGAGCUGCUCGUGCCCAGUGGGAUAUGAGGGGCAGUUCUGUGAGCGCUGCACCUCCGGGUACCGCCGAGAGAGCCCCGGCCUGGGGCCCUACAGCCCCUGCGUGCCCUGCACGUGCAACGGGCACAGCGAGACCUGCGACCCCGAGACGGGUAUGUGCAAUUGCAGGGAUAACACGGCAGGAACUCACUGUGAGAAGUGCAGUGAUGGGUACUACGGCGAUGCCACGGCUGGCACAGCCUCGGACUGCCAGCCCUGCCCGUGCCCUGGCACCUCGAGCUGUGCCAUCGUGCCCCGCACCAAGGAGGUGGUGUGCACCAGCUGCCAGGCUGGCACUACAGGCAAGAGGUGUGAGCUGUGUGAUGACGCCUAUUUCGGAGACCCGCUGGGCAGGAAUGGUGCGGUGAGGCCGUGCCGCCUGUGCCAGUGCAACAACAACAUCGACCCCAACGCCGUGGGCAACUGCGACCGCCAGACCGGAGAGUGCCUCAAGUGCAUCUACAACACCGCUGGCUUCUACUGCGACCGCUGCAAGGACGGCUUCUUUGGGAACCCCCUGGCCUCUGACCCCUCGGACAAGUGCAGAGCUUGUCACUGCAAUCCCUACGGCACAGUGAAUCAGCAGACGAUCUGCAAUCAAGUGACUGGGCAGUGUGAGUGCUUGUCUCACGUCACUGGGAGAGACUGCAGUGCCUGUGAGCCUGGAUUCUUCAACCUCCAGAGUGGACGUGGCUGUGAGAGGUGCAACUGCCACGCGCUGGGCUCCACCAGCGGGCAGUGUGACAUCCGGACGGGGCAGUGCGAGUGCCAGCCAGGCGUCACCGGCCAGCACUGUGACACGUGUGAGCCCAACCACUUCGGCUUUGGCUCUGAAGGCUGCAAACCCUGUGACUGUGAUCCCGAGGGCUCGCGGUCGCUGCAGUGCCGGGAGAACGGACACUGUGAGUGCAAGGAGGGCUUCGUGGGGAGCCGCUGCAACCAGUGCGAGGAGAACUACUUCUACAACCGCUCCUGGCCUGGCUGCCAGGAGUGCCCAGCCUGCUACAGACUAGUGAAAGACAAGGUGGCAGAGCAACGUCAAAGGCUGCAGGAGUUGGAAAAUCUUAUAGCAAAUCUGGGUAGCAGAGAAGAAGCUGUAACUGAUGAAGCCUUCGAAGAGCGGUUGAAGCAGGCAGAAAGAGAGGUUACAGAGCUGCUCCAUGAAGCACAAAAGAGCAAAGACGUAGACCAGGGCCUCAUGGAUCGUCUCAAAGACAUCAACAGCACCUUAGUGAGUCAGCUGAACAGGCUGAGGAACAUCCAGGGCACAGUGCAGGACACGGAGAGCCUGGCGGAGCAGGCGCGGGUGCGGGUGGAGGACACUGAGGACCUGAUCAGCAUGGCUUCUGAUAUGCUGGAGAGGGCCAAGAUGGCAGCUGACAACGUGUCCAUUACACCUCCAGAGCAAAGUGGGGACCCCAACAACAUGACUCACUUGGCAGAAGAGGCCCGAAAGCUGGCAGAAAGGCACAAAAAGGAAGCUGAUGAGAUUGUUCGCACAGCCAAGGCUGCAAAUGACACUUCCACGGAAGCGUAUCAAGUGCUGCUGAAAACCCUGGCUGGAGAAAACCAAACUGCAAUUGAUAUUGAUGAGCUCAACCAGAAGUACAAUCAAGCAAGGAAUAUUUCUCGAGACCUAGAGAAACAGGCCACCAAGGUGCUUGCAGAGGCAGAGGAAGCUGGAAACAGAGCCCUGCAGAUAUAUGCUAACCUCACCAGCCUGCCUACUGUGGAUUCCACAGGGCUAGAGAAUAGAGCAAAUAAGAUCAAGAAGGAAGCAGAGGAACUGGAUCAACUAAUUGCCAGGAAGCUAAAGGAUUAUGAGGACUUGAGAGAAGAUAUGAAAGGAAAGGAACUUGAAGUAAAGAACCUCUUGGAGAAAGGGAAGACAGAGCAGCAGACUGCAGACCAGCUCCUGGCUCGAGCAGAUGCAGCGAAAGCCCUGGCUGAGGAAGCUGCUCGGAAGAGCAGUGGCACACUACAGGAGGCCAAUACCAUUCUCAGGAAUCUGAAAGACUUUGACAAGCGGGUGAACGAUAACAAGACGGCGGCCGAGGAGGCGCUGAAGAAGAUCCCUGCCAUCAGCCAGACCAUUGCAGAGGCCAACAACAAGACUCAGCAGGCAGAGCUGGCACUGGGCAACGCUGCUGCUGAUGCCCGUGAGGCCAAGGCCAGAGCAGAUGAUGCUGAGAAGAUUGCCAGCUCUGUUCAGAAGAGUGCUGCUACUACCAGAGCCGAAGCCGACAAGACCUUUGCUGAUGUGACAGGACUGGCCAGGGAGGUGGAUGACAUGAUGAAGCAGCUGCAGGAUGCAGAGAAGGAGCUGAAGAGGAAGCAGGCUGAUGCUGAGCAGGAUAUGAGGAUGGCAAAUGAGGCCUCACAGGCUGCCCAGGAGGCAGAAGACAAUGCAAGAAAAGCAAAGAACUCUGUGAACAGCCUGCUCACUGUCAUUAAUGACCUGUUGGAUCAGCUAGGGCAACUGGAGACAGUGGACUUGAACAAACUGAAUGAAAUUGAAGGUACCUUGAACAGUGCCAAAGACCAGAUGAAAGACAGUGACCUGGACCAGAAAGUGUCUUUCCUUGAGAGAGAAGCCAAGAAGCAAGAUGAUGCCAUACAGGCCUACAACAGGGACAUUGAAGAGAUCCUGAAGGACAUUAACAACCUGGAAGACAUCAGGAAGACUUUGCCAUCUGGUUGUUUCAACACCCCGUCCAUUGAGAAGCCCUAAGGGUGUGCUGGGGGUGGGGGGAAUCGCCCUGGUGAGUGGUGGUUCAGCCAUGGAGUGCCUUAACACACAUUGCCUUCUCCAAAUCCCCAACUCUGCUGCUCGCAGCCACUGUUUCCUUUCAAAUCAGGAUAAGUUUAAAGUUUUGGGGUUUUUUUGUUGGGUUUUUUUUUUAAUGUUUUGUUUU